UUUGGAGCUGUUAUAUCCACACCGUAGUGUAACUUGUGAAUUAUGAGAUGAAGUUAAUCGUUCUGAAGUAUUUUCUCAUCGUUGCGUCGGCGAGUCUAGCCGGGUGUGACAAGGAGCCUCGGAGAGACACGGAGGCGGGAAAGGUCACCGAAGCACCAGGUCACGACCCGUCUUCGGCCGCGCGAGACACACCUGGAGACCUGCGGAAAUUGUCAACGACCUCGAGUCCGGAGGAAGGCGGAGACUUCGAGGCGCUGCUGAAGUCUGCUGCAGCGGAGGCGGAGGUCGACUUGCUGAAGAUACCCGCCAACGACACGGAAACGGCAGCUUCCGCGCGUGAGUCCGAGGAUAAGAUCUCGGAUCGACAGGGCUUUGUGAGCGGCCCGAACUUGAAUCCAGACCGUUUGGGCUUUGCGUUCCCCCAUAUACACCACCAUCUCCCUCCCAUCCGGCAUCCUCCCAUCCGGCACCCUCCAGUACCCCGCCCGCCUCCCAUACCCAAGCACCGGCCGCCGUUCGAUCCUCCGGACUUCUUUGAGAACUCCGGACUUCCUCAUCCGGGCGACGAACCCUUUGACUUCGGCGCCCCGUUCGAGACUCACGACCACGAGCACGACCCUUUCUUUAGUCCGCACCUAGACGACGACUUCCCUCCUCACGACGAGCACUUCCCACACGACCUGGAUCUCCACAGUCCUCACGAGGAUCAAGCCCUUCAGCGAGGACCCCCUCGUCUUCCCCAAGAGACCGCCGCCGCACAAGCAUCCCCGCCCUCCCAAGCACCCUUCGAAACACCCUCCUCCCCCCACUCACCACCAUCACCACCACCACCCGCCUCCGCACUUCUCACCGCACCUCAACUUCAUCACGGAAGACUCGAUCUACAGGGACGACGUGCCCUUCAAGGAGACACACAACGAGAGGGACAGGAUCCACCCAGGACUCACGCCGGCGGGGGUUAAAGGCCUCGAUCCUGCGUUCAUUUCAUUCAUCAAGGAGCAGACUCAGCCUUACAUAGACUCACAAAGUAGAUUUAGGUUCGAGAGGUAAAUGUUUAGUCUUCAUCCUAUAUGGAAAUUGGAUUCACCAUUAUCAUCUCUUUUUAUAAUGUAUGACUUUUUUCAUACACGUUUCAUUAUUGAUUUUCACGUUGUCAUUUAUCAAAGAUAUACUGAUGUCAUAUGUUUAUUUUUUGUAUAAGUUGUUUAAAACUAUGUGUUAUAAUAGUUUUAUAGCCAAGUUCUAUGUGUUCUUCAAUAUCAAAUGAUACUCAAAGUUCGGGGUGUGAAAGCCAGAUGCUAGAGUUUGCAUUUAAUCUGCAUUUCACUUGAGAGUGUUUUCAAAUGUUUGUAAUUGUUUUCUUAAGGCCCAGAGCUUUCCCCAAAACCUAUCAGAAAUGUCUGUUUAUAUAUGUGACCGUCUAA